CGCACCGAUUUCGAGCGUUGGCGACGGUUUUUGGCCUGCAGGACCCUCGCUCGAAAGGAAAAAAAACCCGUCACAACUUUACUUUCAAAAAGCGUCGCCAGCGAGGGAAAUUCGCACCGAUUUCGAGCGUUGGCGACCUCACGAAACCCGAUUUUUGGCUCGCGUUGGGCGUGUUUAGAGGGUGAGGUUGAGCGUUCGAAGCGAUUCAAAUGAGCGAUUCGGGUGACCAGAAAUGGAGUGUGCGAAAAAGAAAACCGUGUGUACCGGUGCAGAAUUGCUUGCGAAUGCAAUUGUUAAUACAAAAAUAUCGCUUAUGCUACUGUUGCUGUUGCUUGUGGAAAUAGUGGAGAAUAGAAUAAUAAUCAAAUGAUUGCUAAUAAUGGCCGCUGGAAUCACGCACAUGGACAGAGCAUCAGCGCAACCUAUUCGGUCGGUUGCUAGGUAACCGUUUGGAAAGGAGAAAAUGUAUUUCAAACAAGCUGGAAAACCAUUCGCCAACGUAGCAGAUUAGAACAAACAUACCCAACAAUGGCUUCGUACCCGUGUGCAGUUUUCCCGGAGGAAAUAGAACCAUUUGUUCAAAGCAUUCGUCCCUACCAGGUGGCCGAUAUAGGCAGCAAAGGAUGGAUCGAACAACACGAAGUGCUGCAGAAGCUCUGCCAGCAGGCCUUCAUAGAGGCCACCACCAAGCAGGAAGAGGUGGUGAAGGAGCAGCUAAUAUUGGAGGACAAAAUUCCACUCCUGGUGCACGAGCUGUAUAGUGUGUUGGUGUGGCGCACGGAAGUCCUUCCCCGGCUGCUAGUACUGAAGAACCCCGACGCCUCCUUCGUGCUGUACAGCGUGAUCUACCACGAGGCCAACGUGUGCUCGCUGCUCGAAACGGUCCUUUACCAUCGGUCCGGCUGCGAGGCGCUCGGUAGCAACGCACUCGAUCUUAUCGACUACUGUGCCCAGGCUGCCGGGCGGCUGAUUGGACUACUAGCGAACGGCUACAACGACCGGGAGGAUGAUCCACCGCCGGACGAACUGCUAAACGAAUCGACCGCUGAGGAAGUGGUACGCAUGGGACGCACCAUGGACUUCCGCAUCGGGGUCAAAUCGCUCGGCAUCGUGUCGUACCUCGUCGAAGGACUGGACCAGUUGCCGCUGAGUGCUGCCACGCGGCUAGUGCGCGUUCACGACUUUCCCUGCCUGAUUGCGGAAGUGCUACACGCCAAGCCGUGGUUGCGCCGCAACCGCGAAGGUGUGUUUGAAAAGUAUCGCAACGGCAGCUGGAUACCGGCCCACGGCGACGCGAUACUGAAGGUGACGGAAACCGAAGCCCAAACGUGGUUCUGUCUGUAUCGGCUACUGUUCAACGGCGAUCUUAUGAGGGACUACGAAAUCAACGGCUACCGGCACCGGGAAAUUGGUAAAUGCAUUGGGUUAAUGAACGAACAGCUGCUUGAUCAGCUGCCGGCAUUGAUCCCGCUGAAGCAGCAUCUCUGCACGCUUCAGCUCACGAACGAGGCGGGAGGAGGAACGGGGGGAUCCACUGCUUCGUUGCUGCUGGAAGAGCUGCCAGAGGUACGCGAACGGCUGAUGCAAGCGGCUCGGCGUACCGGCUGGGACCAGAUAGUGGAAAAGCAGCGGAAGAUUUUCAUUGACCUGGAAGAGCACGAUGUGGUCGAGAUGGCAAAACGCAUUGGCGCUGCCUACAAUACCGACCUGCUGGAGCGAUACACCGAGCAGGAGGAGAAAAAACGCAAGCAGGGUGAAAAUGACGCGAGCGCGGUCAAGGUGUGUGGCAACUGUGGAGCUUCGGCAGCCAAGAAAUGCUCCAACUGUAUGCAUGUGUACUACUGCUCUCGCGACUGUCAGCUGCAAAACUGGACCGACCACAAAGAACUCUGUCGUCAGCUGAAAUAACGCCCCUCCUCCCCACGGUAGAGAUUGCGGACCGUUCUCGAUAAUAAACUUGCGCACAGCAGAA